CACCCUGAGUGCAGAGUCUAGGCUAGAAUUCCAGAGGAAGUUGAGGGCCUCCUGUUCUGCACAGGAAGCAAUCUUGGAGCAGGCCUUAAAUGCCAGAUUCCAGGCAGAGUUUAACUAACCACUGACAGCUCUGUAAACAAAGCAGGGACAAAAAAGAGAGCAGCUUUCCCUUUUCUGGUAGUCAUUUUUAAGUUUGGGGCCUGCAGGAGAAUUCUCCUAUAUUUGUCUCGAUAGGAUAUAAACCAAAGGCUGUGAGAGGGCUUUGCAUAUGAAGGAACUAUAGAAGAGAGCAAAUAUUUCAUGGAGUAAACCCUCAGGAGGAAGUUCAGUCUGAUUUGGGGGGUUUAUCCAAGUCUGAGUUCACGCCAUGGACGACUUUGAACGUCGCAGAGAGCUCAGGAGGCAAAAACGAGAGGAGAUGCGCCUGGAAGCAGAGAGGUUAGCCUACCAAAGAAAUGACGACGACGAGGAAGAGGCUGCCAGAGAACGCCGCAGGCGGGCCCGGCAAGAAAGACUGCGGCAAAAGGAAGAUGAUGACUUCACAGGGCAAGUGAUAGAGAAGCCUGAAGUCAAUGCCCAAAACAACAUUGAAGAAGAGACCAAAAGUACUACGACAACAGUUACCACCGUUACAAAUAGCCAAGGGGAUGGGGAUGAUGAUUCCGUGUUCUUGGAGAGGCUGGCCAGGAGAGAAGAAAGGCGCCAGAAGCGUCUCCAGGAAGCCAUGGAACGCCAGAAGGAGUUUGACCCGACAAUUACUGACGAGAGCCUGUCACUCAUAAGCAAAAAGGAGAUGAACAAUGUGGAAGAAAAUGAGACCCCAGAGAAAGAUGAAAAAGUGGACACCCAUAGGAGACGCUAUGAGGUAGAGGAAACUGAAACCAUCACCAAAUCGUACCAGAGGAACAACUUGAGACAGGACGAGGAAGACGAGAAGAAAGAUGAGGAAGACAAGGAAGAGCCUCAAGACGAGAAGCCAAAGCAAAGAACCCUAGAGGAUAAUCAGGUAGAAGUAACAUCAGAAAAGGAAACAGUAGACAAUGCAGAAGAAGCUGUGGUGGUAGAAAUAAAACAUUUUGAGGUAAACGCAGAUGAGGGAAAAGUAGAAAACGGCACCGAUGCCCUAGCAGUUGAGGAGGAAGCAGGGAGUGGGGAGGUAAUAAAUAUCACCGUAGCCUUAGAUCAAAAGACAGAUGAAGAAGAUGAAACAGAAGCAGAAAAGAAAAAAUUAGAGGAGAAAGAGAGGCGUGAGAGAGAGGAAAUGGAGAGGGCUAAAGCAGAGGCAGAAAGGAGGGCUGAGGAGGAGAGAGAGAGACUCGAAGCAGAGAAAAGGGCAGCUGAGGAGAAAGAGAAGUUAGAGGCAGAGGAAAGGGAAAGGAUCAAAGCAGAGGAAGAACGGAAAGCGGAGGAAGAGAGGAAGAGGAUUGAGGCAGAGGAGAGAAGGGCUGCCCAGGAGAAAGAGAGGCGUGAAGCUGAGGAGAGGGAAAGGGCUAAGGCGGCCGAAGAGAAGAAAGCUGCUGAGGAAAGGGCAAAGGAACAGGCAAAGAGGGAGGCUGAGGAACGGGAGAGGGCGAAGAAGGCAGCGGAAGAGAAGGCUAAGCUAGAAGAGGAAAGGUUGAAGGCAAAGCAAAAGGCUGAGGAGACCAAGGUAGAUCAGGCCAAAGGGAGGAAGGGAGAAGAGAAGAAAAUAGAAGACAAACAGGUAAAAGAGAAGAAAGUACAAGAGGAGAAAGCCCCGGCAGCUUCCCUGAGAAAACAGGGGGAAGAGAAAGAGGUUAAAGUGGAAGAUAAAAAGGAAAAGCCUCAAGAUGACAAACUCCGGCCGGCCUUCAAAAAAGAGGAGCAGAUAAAAGACAGCAAGCUGAUCAGGGACAAAGCACCCAAAGAAGAGGCUAAGCCAGGCUGGGAUCGCAAGAAGGGAAUUCCGGACUCGAAGCCACAGAACGGGGAGCGUUUCCAGGAACUCCCUGCCCACAAACUUAAGCAUACAGAGAAUGCUUUUAGCCGCCCAGGCCUCAAACCUGCCCCAGAUUCUGAAGAAGCCAAGCCGGUGUCCCACGUGGAGGCUGGCAAGCGGGUGGAGGAGCUGCGCCGCCGCCGAGGCGAAAACGAGAGCGAAGAGUUUGAGAAGAUGAAACAGAAACAACAGGAGGCAGCCGUGGAGCUGGAGGAGCUGAAGAAGAAGCGCGAAGAGCGCCGGAAGAUUCUGGAAGAAGAGGAGCAGAGGAAGAAGAAGGAGGAGGCAGAAAGAAAAGCUCGGGAGGAGGAAGAGAAGAGGCGGCUGAAGGAAGAAAUUGAGAGGAGAAGGGCGGAAGCUGCCGAGAAACGCCAGAAGAUGCCCGAGGAAGCCCAGAGCGAAGACAAGAAGCCGUUCAAAUGUUUCACCCCAAAAGGUUCCUCUCUCAAGAUAGAAGAACGUGCAGAGUUCUUGAACAAAUCCGCCCAAAAGAGUGGAAUGAAACCUACCCACACGACUCCAGUCGUCUCCAAGAUAGACAGCAGGUUGGAGCAGUACACUAGUGCAAUUGAGGGCACCAAAGCUGCAAAGGCCGCCAAGCCAGCAGCCUCUGACCUCCCAGUUCCUGCCGAGGGAGUCCGAAACAUCAAAAGCAUGUGGGAAAAAGGCAACGUGUUCUCGUCACCUUCUGGCACGGGGACACCCAAUAAGGAAACAGCUGGGCUAAAGGUCGGCAUCUCCAGUCGCAUCAACGAAUGGUUGACCAAGACCCCGGAAAACAGCAAAUCGCCUGCUCCCAAACCAUCGGACUUAAAACCUGGAGACGUAUCUGGCAAACGUAACCUCUGGGAGAAGCAGUCGGUUGAAAAAGUCACUUCCCCCACAAAGGCGACAGCGGCCGGCAAAAAGUCAGAGACCAAUGCAGGUUUGAGACAAUUUGAAAAGGAGCCCUAAGAAACUUACCAACGAUGCUGGACCAACUCGGUUUUUAAUAACGGAAGUGCUAAAUUUGUCCCUUUCCUUUUAUAUAUAUUUAUGUUUGUUUACCAAAAGGCCUUCGGGAGGGGGGGCGGGAGGGGAUUGGGGGGGUCCGCUGUGUUUUUUGGUGCGUUAUCCCAUUUUUUAAAAAACAAAAGACACCAUGUAUAUUAGCACUGUAUUUAAUAAUCAGCCUUAAAGCAUUCAUCCUAAUAGUAGUGCCUUCGAACAAGAGCUUUAUUCUUCAAAAGAAAUCCACGCUGUGAAACGAGAGACACUUCUACUGAGUCGCUCUAACCAAUUGUGUUUCGGAGCAAGGCUGUGUUAGUGCCGUAAAAGAGGGGCGCCCUCUAGUGUGUACACCUCCCAAAUGCAGUCCUAGUUCAACGGAAUGAUGCUUAGGAAUAAGAUUGGUCUGGACCACUGAGGGGGCGAAAAAAAAUUGAAAGCGUUCGAUGGCUUUUAAAGGCAGAGGUGUAAACGACCUAUUUGCCGCUGGCUCCUUACUGAACACAGAUGGGUUUGGCAUUAAUUCCCUGUUGCAUUCUUCCUCGGAAGCCCACGAUUUGUGCAUCUUCCUUGGGAUGUAAUCGCAUAUGGCAUAGGCACAUCACACCGAUGCUCUGUUGCAACAGUGCCUGGUCCAUUAACAGUAUUUUUAAAAAUAUUGUUUUGCAGCAGGGCCAGGAAAAAUGUGGCAUGAGGUCAACGGCAGGAGGUGAGAGGAGGGCAAGUGUUUUCCCCACUCUGUGAAAAUGAAUGCCACUGGGGAGACCACAGGGAACGGGCCACUGUGGACCCCCCACAAAUUCUGCCCACAUCCACAGCUGGAUUGAGCCCUGUUAUUUUUCUUUCUUUCUGCACUUUAGAUUGAGGCAUGGAAGAAAUACCUUUUGCUGACAAUAUAUAUAUAUAUAUCCUGUACUUUGCCCAUGUCAAAUCGGCACCCAGUUGAAACCUGCUCUGUACUUUAAGGUAUCGUUCCUUUUCCAGUCUAGUUUUAAGUUAAUAACCUAAAUUUGGAUGAUUGCGGUUGACAGCGGUACUGAUAGCUUUUCUCUCUCUCCUUUUUUUGUUGUUGUUGUUGUCAUUUUGGUUACUUGCAACUUUAGAAUAUAUGCAUAAAGCUUUACAAAAAUUAGCUGUAAGGCACUACUAAUGGUAGAAGGCUUUUAAUACCCGCUAGAGUACUAUAUUUAGUUAUAAACGUACAUAACUAGCCAAUAUCACAACUUUUUUGUUUUUACAAAAAAAAAAAAUACACACUUUUUAUAUUAAGAUUUCAUAAUUGCCAUUAAGCACGUGGCAAGAGAAAUAUUAGAUUGUUUUUUAAAGAAAGUAUCAGAUGCCUUUUAAUGGGUAAUUAAAAGUAUAGUUUUAAAGAGGGAGGGGGGGUUGGAAAGGGUAUUAAGCGUCAAGCAUAAUGUCACUUGUAUAAAACAAUGUAGCUAAUUUAUAUAAAACUACCGUAAUUAACACACACGAGACACGCGUACACAUUGUUGGCGACACACUAUUUCUAACUUACCGCACGCUAGAUUUGCCCUUUAUCAGGUCUCUAUGCAUCUUGGUCUCUUUUAAAAUAGGCAUAGCCCAGCCACUUGUAGAUGCAGCUAUAUGCAUCCAACACCUCUGUCCUUCCUCCCCCUGGCCCUUGGCCAGAGGUGUUGUGCCAUAGAUGGGCCUAAGCACACCUCAGGCUGAACGCUCAAGUUAUUUCUACUGCAGGGUCAAAGGCCAGCUGGGUUGUGGGGAUGAAGGGGGCUCCAUUGACCCCUGUGCGGACAUUCUCUCCUAAAGAACUGCAGCAGCACCGGGUGCAUUUUGGGAGCUGGGGUGUUGAUGAAGGGGAUGCUCACGGACCAACACUUCCUCCCAAAAUUCCUUACUUACAGCCAUAUUAUUUGACUUGUAUAUAUAGCAGCCUCAAGGGUGACAGAGUUAGGUUUGAAUUUACAUAUCACACGAGGUUCUGCUUUUACACCAUAAAUUAGAUGGGUGGAUUCAAAAUAGGCCACUCAGUUUAUGGUUGUUCAGGUUUUCUGGCCCACUUCUCAGAUGCAAGUUAUAGCCUGGGAACAGUUAUUGCCUUGUUACUUCUUUUCGUUUUUGUUGCCUCCAUCUGCCCUAUUUUUAUUUUAAAACCUUCUUGUUUACAUAUUGAAUUUCACUUGGGCUUUCAGAAUGAAAUCAUGCAGUGAAUGGCUUUUGGAUCCGUCUGUUACUGUUUGGUGGUGGUUUGUUGUUUUUAAUACACUUUUUGGACUCUUUACGUUCAAGUAUCUGCAAUAAAACCAGUAUGUUGAACCUGCAAUUCACAAUAAAUGCAGUAUGUCUA